AUGAAAGUCCUAGGGAAAGAUGAACACAUAACAAAAUUUGAAGCAUUCAUGGUUAUAAAAAAAGAACUGGAAUGUGCCAAGCAAAUAGACAAACAUCUAUGCACUAAGAUGAUACUCAAAAAAGAAGACUCAUUUAAAAAUAUAUACGAAAAAUAUUUUAUGAAAUUAUUAUCUGAUAAAAUUCUAUACAAAGGAAUUCAAAAAUAUAUAGCUGACACGAGCCCUCAUUUAAUACCAAAAAAAUUGUACAAUAAAGACUAUCAGCAACUCACUGAAUGGAUGGAUAUUACUUCAAAAAAAAUUGUUAACUUUUUUAAAGAAAUACAUACGUAUAACAUUGAUAAGAAGGAAAAAAUUCAGAUGAUAGAUAUUAACUGUAUUAAUUUAGUUGACCUCUAUGUUAUUUUGAAUUACGGGGAGAAGAAGUGUGAUGAAAAUAAAAUUGAGGAUAUGUUAAAUUUACUCAAGAAAGUUCAUAUUACAAAUUUUGAUACUCCCUAA